ACGGUCACUUGACAUACCGUCAUACAUACUAAUGGAGCGAAUAUGGUGGGAAGCGAGUGGCUAUUCCCCGACAUAAGGUGUUGGAAAUAUUAACUUGAAGUUCGCUCAUCAAGUCAUUCAUAAAGAUGUUUCAUCAUAAAUAUUGUGUUCUCGUGGAAGAAGAAAAUUCGAAGAUGUAUGGGAACCCAUCUUUCAGCCAACAAUCGAAGUUAUGAUUCAUUUUAACGACCAUUGUGGUAAUGGUUAUAGACUUGCGAUGUUUGAUUAAUAAAACCCGUUUUGACGCCACAUGGGCGGUAUUUAGGAGGAUGUAUUGCCCGAACGUCUUACUAAAAUUUUACAGGAUUCUCCAACACAAAAUGAGCAGUGACAUCACCUAAAGUUACCAGACUAAAGCGUCAUCUUCUCAGGGAAACUCUGUACAUUGCACGAAGCGGCCAGAUAAUGGGUUUCCUGGUACACCUGAUUUACCAGAAGAAGAGCCUCAUGGGAAACAUCUAUACUUCACUGAGAAUGAUGUCAGUACAAGUUUCCUAAAUUGGCAUACAGUAACAUGGAUCUUACAGAUACACGGAAAGUGUCCAGGUAUCUGUCCCAACAUCUUGAUCGCCAUCCCGGCGUAGGUUCUGAGAAGACAGUGAAUAUAAGACGUUUUGUGAAAUAUCUUCUUGAGAAAAUGUAUGUAAUUUCUGAAAGGUUCACAUCCAUAUCUACUGGUUCAAGAUCAGAGGGAUUAGAUUUUGCCAGUUCCGAUGACGAUGUUAUGGUAAUACCGGAUAGCGUGAUCAUUGUUCAACCACAUGAUGAGAUACCAGAUAGAGAUGCCAGUAAAACUAUCCUGGUCAUGGACAACACUAACUGCAGACCGGGGUAUACUUUACUCAGAUUGCUCCGAAGUACGUUUUCGAUGAUUGCAGUCAUAGAUUCGCUGACAGAUUUCAAUGGAUCAAAGUACUUGUCUAGUGUUCUUUUCAGCAGUAACCUCUUGAGACAUGAUCAUUUCCUUCACGGACCUUGUUCGACAUUGCCUGGUGAGAGGUUUGGUAGUGAGGUUGAUUAUGCACACUGUUUCCACUGCCGGUCAUGGCCAUAUCACCUCAGCGAUUUCAGUUAUCGUACAAAAUACUGUGUUUGGCCAUCCAGACAUCUGGUUAGUUAUAUCGUUAAAGGUGGUUGUCAUGUUGUUGCAAUUGGUGACAAACAUUCUAAACUCUUCGCAAUGCAAUGGCGGAUUUCUUUUGCACCAGCCGAAAAAUCUCUUGUUUGGUCGUUCAAUCACGUACAAUUGAAAACGUAUGCUUUAUUGAAAAUGUUCCUAAAAGAGUGCAUCGAACGCGAUCAGUCAAUAAAUGAACUGCUCUGUUCCUACUUCAUGAAGACAAUUGUAUUCCAUGCGAUAGAACACUCCACACCUUCUAUGUGGGUGGACGAUAACAUUGUCCAGUGUUUUUGGUAUUGUUUUACCAUACUCCUGGAAUGUGUACAGACCGGAUACUUGCCGAACUACUUUGUACCUACCCACAACAUGUUUCUUUCCAAAGUAACUGGCGACAACAGGAGAAGAUUACUCCAUGUCCUGAAUAGAUAUCAGUGUAUGGGAUACACUUGUCUGUUUCAGUGUCCGAGUCUUCAGGCUUUACCUCGAAUCAUACAAGAAAAUCAAUCAACGUAUCCAUUGGCAGGUGAACAUUUAUAUAUAGAAUGCAAAGAUGAUUCUUUUGUAGUGACGAACCAAGCAAUGUAUGUUGAUAACUGUAUAGAUAGUGCAACCGCAUUGAGAUUAAUUCACAAAGUAUUUCUGAAAUAUUCUGACGACAACAUUCUCGAUAUUGGAUUGCUGUUUUUUAUUCAGGCCAUAUCACACAGUUCUGGUAACAGUAUUGCCAACCUAACUCAUACCCACCAUAACAGCAAUAAAACUGCGUACGAAAAAAUCAGAAGGCACAAACGCUUCCUCCACUUGUCGUCAGCCACAGAUGUCUGCAAUGGGUUGUUAUCACUGGCAACGUUUUAUUACAAUGUUGGAUCUUACACUAAAGCUUCUGACGUAGCAACACGAGUGGUGUUGUCCUGUCAUAGGACGGGGUUAAUACAGAACCACGGUAAUGGUUUGGAAUACAUGGCAGAGAUGUGCGGUAAAGGAUACACACUACUGCAGAAGGCAAAACGUUCAUUUGUAUUACCAUUUAUAAUAUGUAAAGAGGGGUACAAUUUGUAUCCACCAGAAUUACAAGUCGAGGUUCAAACAAAUGAGUACCCCAUCAUACUUCCACCACUACCGUACGCCCUCUUCCUUCUUGUGUUGUCUACCUUCAGACUCGGCAACAUCGACCAGUCCCAGACAAUCCUCGAGGAUCUCAUGGCUGUACGGAACAAUCGUAUCUACGGUGUACGUCACUAUCCCAUCUUACACAAUCUGGUCGGGAUAUGUCACCAACUGUUAGGGAACACAAGACAGGCCAUCCUAGCAUUUAAGAAGUCUUACAGACAACGUCCUAAUCCAGCUGCUGCAAUCAUGAUCGCUGCCCAUUGUUGGACUUAGAGGGAUUAAAGUGACAACAUAAACAUCGACAGAUUGGAUUACUGCAGUGUUCCUUUAAAGAAAGAGAGCGUUGAUGUCAUCGACGAUGAUUACAGCGUGUAUUGCUGUCGAAAACAAUGUACAACAUUGAUCCAGUCCAUUUUAUAAAAAUUACUUGGUUUUGCUUCGUGAUAUACCAAUCAGUACAUUUCUUGAAUACACUGACGCAUUUAUUUUUUAUUAUAUGAACCUGUUGAACAUUCGUAGAAAUGAUCUGUGACUAGACCAAAGGAAGAGGAUCUGUUAAACCAGCACUAACUCGUUAGAAUCAUUUGUUCUUCCUUGUCAAUAUUCUUCAGAAAUAAAUACUGAUGUUGAUUGUGUAUAACACCGUCCAAGGCACUUCUGUUGACAUGUCAUGGUUUUACAUUUGCACUCAUGGUUCAUGGACGAGAGGUGGUACCGAAUUGUUAAGGAGAAUUUGUUUAUUGAUAGUUCAUAAAUGCGAGGUGGUACUGUAUUGUUCAUGGGAAUAUAUUUAUUAAUGGUUCAUGGACACGAGGUGGUACUAUAUUGUUAAGGAGAAUAUGUUUAUUUAUGGUUUAUGAAUGCGAGAUCGUAAUGCAUUAUGCUGGGAAAUAUAUUCGUUUUUGGAUGCUAUGUGCUACCAUAUAGGUUCAUGGGAAUAUCUUAGCGGAGACAUUUUCAUUUUUUUAAAUAACGGAAUAGUUAUCGGCUUCAUAUCCAAUAUUUCGUCUUAUAGUAGUGAUACAAUUAUAA